UACCUGGAUUUGAAUCAUUUUGUUACAUAGUUCUUUAAUGUUUGGAAUACAAAGAUAAUUCCACUGACUUACCAUCAUUAAAAAUGUUUUGAAUUAUUUUUAAGCAUUUAUUCUUUUUUCCAGUACUGGGGAUCAAACUCAGGACCUUGCGCUUGCGAGGCAGGUGGCAGCACCACUGAGCUAAAUCCCAGCCCUUGCCAUAUGCUUUUUGAGCACAUACCUUUUUUAGUCUUAUUUGUAAAAUUAAUGAAUAAAAAUGAAAAGGAAUGAAUGAAUGAACAAAAUGAAUCAAAAUGAAUAAAAAGAAUGAAUGAAUGGAAAAGAAAAGGUAGCCUGAAAUGAUAGACAAAGGACAAAAGCUAAGCUGUUGUCUGACUAUAGAGUCCUUUAUCAACAGUCAGUAAAUUUGGACUUUAUUCUAUAUCUGAAUCUUUCAGGGGAGAGGAGUGGCAGGAUGAAAGAGAUCCCAUGGAUCCCAAUCAGCUGAUUAAUUCUAGUGUGAGGACAGAUUCAAGGGAGGAAAGUUUAGGGAGGGAGGCUGCUAGUGGUUGUCCAGUUUUACUUUUUCAAAACUAAAGAAAAUUUAUUUAUAGAGAGCUUGUUGGGAUAGUUGCCCUGAAGGUGAGACUAAGAGAUUACUAGUAGGUUGAAACCUUUUCUCUUCCCUCCCCAUCCCAUUCUGUCCCUGAGCCAGGGACAGCCCAGGAAGUUCUGUGAAUGUUCACUAACAAGUACCAAUGGGCGUAAGGAUUUGGAAAUAACAUGAUCUGCUGCUACUGAACUGAAUUCAAAAAUGUUUUCUUGAAACUUUCACCGUUUUGUCAGCAAUCUUUCUACCACUUCAGUGGGCUUUCUGUGAUAGCCCAUCGGCUCCCAGAAAUCACAAUGAGAUCUUUGGUGUCCCAUUCUUGUGUAUCUAAACCACUGAAGCCAAGUUUUGAAGAAGUACAUGACAUAUACUGAGAAAAGAGCCAUGUUGGGCCAGCAGCAGAGUCUGCCAUGUAUUGCACCCCUGUUGACCCCGAUGGAGGAGACACCACAUAUUAUCUCUGCUCGAGUCCAGGGAAAUAUUCCUAAGUGGCUCAGUGGCUAUCUACUUCGAGUUGGACCUGGGAAAUUUGAGUUUGGGAAGGAUAAGAUCUACAGUUCUGGGGCAGUGUCCAAGUCAAGGAAUGUCCCUGGUCAUGCUGGUUGAUAAAGAAGAUAGUCAGACCCCAGACCUGUGCUGGAUGCAGGCAACAACAGGCAGAAGAAUAAGGGCAAAGGCACCAAUGCCAUGACUUUCAAACCCAGAGCAACUCAGGCUGGGCCUGGCCUCUAGCUGUGGGGGCAGGGCCUGUGUUCUUUAGCUCAAACCUGUUGGAGUUCUCUUUCCAGCCUGCUCCCUGGCCACAGCUGUCUCCUAUGGCUGUCUCUCACCCAGUCACUGUGGGAAUAUAACAAUGGGAGCCCAUCCUGCAGCUGCUCUGAGUCUCAGGUUCAGUAAACUCCUCCCCAAAAUGGUGUCCAACCAAGCACUCUCUAGGAAUAUGACAGGUGCUUGGACUGGAGUCACUCACCAGCUGUUAGCUGUCAAGGACUCAUGUGGGAGCAGAAUCCCGUGGUCUUCCUGCAGAUCACAGCACCCACUGGUCCAUUCCACCACUACAUUUCUCCCUGAAGCCCUCUGAGUCCCCAGCUUUCACUUUGUCUCUGUAGUCUCUGUAGUUUUUGUUUCCCUUUCCUGACAGCUAUGAUCUGGGCCCUGGGGAGAAAGUGCAGACUGUCCCUUCCCUUCUCUACAUUGUGUGUGUGUGUGUGUGUGUGUGUGUGUGUUUAUUUUUAGGAACUGGGGAUUGACCUCACGACCUUGUGCUUGCGAGGCAGGUGCGGCGCCACUGAACUAAAUCCCCAGCCUCUCUGCAUUGUGUUUUAUCUCUUUAAUUUCUCUAUACGUUUUAAUUUCCUGUCAUAUCUUUCUUGUUCUUGGGGAUCUACUUCUCUCUUUUUUUCUUCUCUACAUUGUUAUUUUUCAGUGUCUGGAUUCUGAAUCUCAGAAAGGGUGAGUUGUCACUUACCACUCUGCUAUUUUUGAAAUACACAUAGGUCACUUUAUUUCUUAUUCUGACUUAUGCUUUUCUUACUGAUAUGAGUUUUUCCCCCUUUUUUCCUGGUUUGCAGGUAUAGUCACUGGUUUGAUGGAAUGGCUUUGCUUCACCAGUUCAGGAUAGAGAAGGGUACAGUUACAUAUAGGAGCAAAUUUCUACAGAGUGAUACGUAUAAGACCAAUAGUGCUCACAAUAGAAUUGUAAUCUCAGAAUUUGGCACACUGGCUCUUCCUGACCCAUGCAAGAAUAUUUUUGAACGUUUCAUGUCAAAGUUUGAGAUGCCUGCUAUGACUGACAAUACCAAUGUCAACUUUGUGCAGUACAAGGAUGAUUACUACAUGAGCACUGAGACCAAUUUUAUGAACAAAGUGGACAUUGAAACUUUGGAAAGAACAGAAAAGGUAGAUUGGAGAAAAUUUAUUGCUGUGAAUGGAGCAACUGCACAUCCUCAUUAUGACCCAGAUGGAACAGUAUACAAUAUGGGAAACUCCUAUGGCCCACAAGGUUCCUGUUAUAACGUUAUUCGGGUUCCUCCAGAGAAGGUGGACCCUGGGGAGACAAUCCAUGGAGCCCAGGUGAUAUGUUCUAUUGCUUCUACAGAGAAGAUGAAGCCUUCCUACUACCAUAGCUUUGGAAUGACAAGAAACUACAUAAUCUUCAUUGAACAGCCUCUCAAAAUGAAGCUGUGGAAAAUUAUCACUUCUAAAAUUCGGGGAAAGGCUUUUUCAGAUGGAAUAAGCUGGAAACCCCAGUAUAAUACACGGUUUCAUGUGGUGAAUAAAUGCACUGGACAGAUUCUUCCAGGGAUGUAUUACAGCAAACCUUUUGUUACUUUUCAUCAAAUCAAUGCUUUUGAGGACCAGGGCUGUAUUGUAAUUGAUUUGUGUUGUCAAGAAGAUGGAAGAAGCCUAGAUGUUUACCAACUACAGAAUCUCAGAAAAUCUGGGGAAGGGCUUGAUCAGGUCUAUAAUUCAGUAGCCAGAUCUUUUCCUCGAAGGUUUGUUUUGCCCUUAGAUGUCAGUGUGAAUGCUGUUGAGGGAGAGAACCUCAGUCCAUUGUCCUAUUCUUCAGCCAGUGCUGUGAAGCAGGCUGAUGGAAAGAUCUGGUGUGUCCAUGAAAAUUUACAUCAUGAAGACCUAGAGGAGGAAGGAGGCAUUGAAUUUCCCCAGAUCAACUAUGGGCAAUUCAGUAGCAAAAAGUAUCGUUUCUUUUAUGGUUGUGGCUUUCGGCAUUUAGUGGGGGAUUCUCUGAUCAAGGUUGAUAUGGUGAACAAGACACUGAAGGUUUGGAGAGAAGAUGGCUUUUAUCCUUCAGAACCUAUUUUUGUUCCAGUACCAGGAACAAAUAAAGAAGAUGGUGGGGUUAUUCUUUCUGUUGUGAUCACUUCCAACCAGAAUGAAAGCAAUUUUCUCCUUGUGUUGGAUGCCAGGACCUUUGAAGAACUAGGCAGAGCAGCGGUACCUGUGCGAAUGCCUUAUGGGUUCCAUGGCACAUUUUUACCCAUGUGACGAGAUAACCACAGGUCCAGGAACUAGGUUUAAAACAAGUGUACUCUGUGAAAAAAGAUCACAAAAAGGAACCCUGCUUCUCAAAUCAUAGAUACUUAGUUUUAAAAUUUCUAUUAAAAAUAAAAUUUGUGAGAUAAUUA